GCCGUGCUAAAGGGGACGGUUUGGACAGAAUUUUAUUUUUUUGGUGUGGUUUCAUAGAGAAUAAAAGGAGGGUGAAAUCUACCAGCACGGCCGUGCUUUAGUCACCGUUCGUCUCGCCGGAUGCACAGAGAUGGGAGAAUGGACAAUACUAGAGAGGUUGCUGGAGGCGGCUGUUCAACAGCAUUCGACAAUGAUAGGAAGGAUCUUGCUGACAGUGGUAGUGAUUUUCCGAAUCUUGGUGGUGGCCAUCGUGGGCGAGACAGUGUAUGAUGACGAGCAGACCAUGUUUGUAUGCAACACCCUCCAGCCCGGCUGUAACCAGGCUUGUUACGACAAAGCCUUUCCCAUCUCACAUAUACGCUACUGGGUCUUCCAGAUCAUCAUGGUAUGCACUCCCAGCCUCUGCUUUAUAACGUACUCGGUGCACCAGUCCUCCAAACAGCGAGAGAGACAGUACUCCACCGUCUUCAUCACCUUGGAUAAAGACAAGAAGCGAGAAGACAACAAGAUCAAAAACACGACAGUGAACGGGGUGCUGCAGAACUCGGAAUUUUUCACCAAGGAGAUGCAGUCGGACUUUUUAGAAGUUAAAGAAAUGCAAAACUCGGCUGCGAGGAACAGCAAAAUGUCAAAGAUUCGACGGCAGGAAGGGAUCUCGCGUUUCUACAUCAUCCAGGUUGUUUUCAGGAAUGCUUUGGAGAUUGGUUUCUUGAUGGGACAGUACUUCCUCUACGGGUUCAAGGUGCCGUCCAUGUACGAGUGUAACCGAUACCCGUGCGUGAAGAUGGUCGAGUGCUACGUGUCCAGACCCACGGAGAAGACUGUCUUCCUCGUCUUCAUGUUCGCCGUGAGUGGUCUUUGCGUGAUCCUCAAUCUGGCAGAGUUGAACCACUUGGGUUGGAGGAAGAUCAAAACGGCGGUGAGGGGGGCGCAGGAGCGGCGCAAAUCCAUAUACGAGAUCAGGAAUAAGGACUCGCCGCAUAGAAUCGGGGUGCCCAACUUCGGGCGAACUCAGUCCAGCGACUCUGCUUAUGUGUGAGAUGGGAGGGAGGGCAGGCUCGCUAUUCUCCUCUUGCGGUCGGCUCGAAGGUGAAGCUGUCCGAGGCCGACCCAAGCACGCCAGGGAUGGCUCCCGUGGACGCGGGGUGCCCCGCUACCCGCUUCGUUUCGGAAGCUGUCUGGUGGAGUUUACAACGUACCGAAAAUCAGAAUGAGCUCAGCGUCGAAUCAUUACACAUUGCAUGCUGUUUCACCUCGCCAAUUCUGUUGUGCAUUUUAAAAUGUUCCACCGAGCUCCUUCGAGACUUUGAGACCCAACGAACUGGCGAAAACUCCGCGCGAAACCGUUCGUAAGUUCUAGGAACAGAAUUAGGCCAUUCGGCCCAUCGAGUCUACUCCACAAUUGAAUCAUGGUUGUUUUAUCUGUCCCUGCCAACCUCGUUCUCAUGCCUUCUCGCCAUAACCGCUGACAAAUCAAGAAUUAAGUUGCUUGUUUUCGGAUUUGUGCGUGAAGAUACAAAACAAACCCCUGCUAGUUCAUUCCUGCGCCCACAUUAUUUACACUGUCGUUAUGGAGUAUUUUGUGUAGAAUUAUUGACAUUUUAUUACCAUUCAUGGUAUAAUCAAACCGGCUGCUGAAUGAGAGUGUCGAAACCCUUAUGUGACUGUUACCCCCCUUUUUAAAGACACUUAAUAAUUGAGCCAUUUUUCCUCUUCACGAGAUAGAAGACACUUUCUGUUUGAAACUGUGCGUUUUAGCACUGGCGAAUGCCGUGGACAGAAAUCUGAUGGACUAAAUUUGUAUAUUUUCUUUUAAAAUACCAUUACUUUUGGCGCUGUCUAAUAACAACUAAUUGCAUAGGGUUAAUCUUAUAAUUUAUAUUGAAAACCUAUAUCGUAAAACCAAUGUCUGCAGUUUUUAGGAAUUAUUCUCCUGUUUGCCUACAUGUCCCUACCGCUAACCUUAAUUUGUUGUACAAUUUUGUAUCUACUUGAAACACCGCGUCUGGUAUUAAACGCUCUCGACAUGCAGAGGUUGUGUGAAGUUAACACAUAUUUAUUUUCAAUGUUCUGAUUCAUUCGGUGUACAAAUAGUAGAUGAACCAAAGUAUCUGAAGUUCUAAACUUCAAUCGGGGCAUGAGUUUCGAAGAAAGGC